CAAGCCUUCCUCCUGCUCACAUUUGGAGCUGUUGGCAGCUCCGUCCAGCCACCAGGAGUAGUGUUACAGUAAAGUCUGCUGGUCUGCUGCAUCAUCCAUGUUCCUCUACAUGCUAAUCUUCAUGGCUUAUCAUAGCAGCCGGUGGAUACCAAGGAAUCAGAGGCUAAAAUUUCAAAUAGUGAAUGCAGUGUUUGCAGCUGUUGUCCUGGUUCCUCAGUUCUACGUCAUGGCAAGUCCAAAAUCCUCAAGAUACUGCAGGCAGCCACUUCUGAACAACCUGUCAGCCUCUAUCGCCUUGUCCUUCAUUGCUGCAGGUUUUUCCGUGGUAUUCACAAUGAUAGACCCAGUUCCUCACAGCCUGUGGGCCUCCUAUCAUGUGUUGGGGAUUCUGACAUGUGGACAAGGUCUCUGCACUGCCAUCCUGACUCUGACAGCAGCAGCGUGUGCCAAAACCACCCCGGAGCUGUACUACAUGUCCCUUAUCCUAACUGUUGCUUCCAUUUUCAGUACAGGUUUUUUCAUGGUGAGAGGAGGCCUCUGGUUGACUAACAGGAAGCAUGUGUCGGACCCAAGCAGAAACAAUGAGCAGUAAAGCGGUCCAGCUGUCCCGCGUUGACAUCUGAAACUCCACAUAUUAAGAUUUCAUGUGGUCUCCAUGCCACCGGCAGCUGGUAACUUUAAACCAUGGGAAAGUGACUUAAUCCCUCUCACGUUCAAUCGCUCACUUCAGAAAGAACAUCACAAAGCUGGUGUUUGUUUCAACCGUUAAAACAAUUUGAUUUUUAUUUGAUGAGGGACAAUUGUUUCACACUCAAUCCAAGGAAGUUAAUAAAGAUGUGUGAACUCUGUAGUACUGAACAUUAUCUCUCAAAGGAAGAGAAAAGCAAUAGGAACAGACUACAGCUAUUAUCUUUCAGCUUAUAUCUCUCACACCCAAUUCUUCCAAACAAUUGCAAACUUAUAUGAAUUGAGAGUGGAAUGUGAAUGGAACAGGAAUGAGCAUUUUUUUUAUUUGUGAAGCACCAAAUAUUUUGAAUUACCUGAAACAUUUCAAUAACAAAUGUUGUUAUCUCCAGUUUAAACAUGUUUUCACAUUUCAUUGUUUUUAACUGAUGACAUUUCUUUGCCAGUUAUAAUAGAAAACACACAGCUGAUAAAUGUAGAUUACUCAGUGAACAGCUUGUUGGCACAUUCACAAAAAUCACCUGAGAUCAUAGAAACCACCUUGAUUAUUAGUUAAUGAAUCUUCCUGUUAGCUAGAAUUGGUUUUGGCACCCAAACUUAUUGAAAACUAAUGACAUCAGAUAUGUUUAUAGCGUUACACUUUGUAAACUGUCAACAUGUGUUUUUCCUUCACCUCACACAUAAUUAGAUAAACUAUAUAAAAAAGUAUACAUUUCACCCCCACACACACAUAUUUGAAUGAGGUUCAAACUUUGAAUAAAAAGGGCAGUAGAUUUUAACCCAUUAACCACAUAUAACCAUGCAUUCUUACAAAAUACAGCUGCAAUGUUACAGCAACACCUUCUAUGAUGUCCAAAUGAAUUAUAAACAUGCUUGAUUACUAAUGCUUCAUAAUCUGCUUAUAGCCCGUUAUAACUAUAAGCACUCAUACGUGUUCAUAAUGCUCUAUACAAUAAAUAUAACACAUUAUAAAGUUCUUUAUAUUGAUUUUCAAGUAUCAAAAUACUUUGACAUCAAAAUAAUAUUAUCAAACAUAAUGUUUACGUUUAGCUUAUUAUACCGUAAAGUAUAUGAUUGUUAUACAUUAUAUAGCUUUUUCAAAUGUUUAUAAUGUUUUACAAAAGGAACGGUAUGGUAUACUAUGAAUCUUGCAAAACAAACAUAUCAUUGAGUGUCAAGCAAUAAUAAAGUAUGUGUUUUAAUUCUUUUUUAAUAAAGUUUUAUGGAUAUUUCUUGGUUCUAAUAUCUAUUAUAAUGCAGUGCAUUAAGACGAUUAUAGGGCAUUAUAAGUAUAUUUUUAAAC